AUGUUCUCCAGCGAAGAGGAGGAAGACAACCAGAGUUGGCAGAAACGACCACGAGCGUGUGAUAUUUGCCGGAGGAAGAAAGUUCCAGGCAAUGGACCAGAAAAACCAGGAGGAGAAUGUACGAAUUGCAUCGCCACUGGUUACAACUGCACUUACCUCGAGGUCUCGACGAGACGUGUUCCAUCUAAGAAAUAUAUCGCGAAUCUGGAGAAGCGGGCAAAGGUGCUAGACGCAAUCCUUCAGCAACUAUGUCCAGAAGAAACACGUUAUGAAGAUUGGGUAAAUGCACUGGAUGAAGAUGGCAAGGACUUACGUGACCCAAGCCAGCUCUCAAAACCUCCGAGGCUCGCGAUGACGGCGACCCCCAUCGACAGAAUCACCACUGCGAUUCGUACGAUUAGCCUUCGUAAUCCGCCUUCUUGGGAUGAUGAAGUUUUGGCGUUGACUGGCCCGAAAGUUUUGAGCCCUGAGACGGAUAGAUUCUUUGGCAGAUCUAGUGGCGAGAUGCUAGCUCGCGCCGCAUUGAGCCUGAAGAGUGAAUACGCGGGUAAAAAAGGCGGUGAAACAUGGCCUGUUCUAUCUCACAGACGGGAGCAAUUUUGGACGCCUCGACCAUGGGAAAUCAAGCCUUCGAUACCAAUACUUUCCCGAUAUUCCUUCCCCGACUCCGACCUCGCCUCUACCCUUGUGGACUUAUAUUUCAAGAACAGCAAUCUUUACAUGCCCGUUCUUCACCAGCCGUCUUUCAGAAGGUCGGUUCGCGAAGGACUACAUUAUGUCGAUGAGGGCUUUGCCGCAAUAUACAUGCUAGUCUGUUCUGUCGGCGCACGAUUUUCCGACGACCCGAGAGUCCAAGUUGAAGGCUCAGACAAGAGGAAUUCCUCUGGGUGGAAGUGGUUCGACCAAGUACAGACAAUGAGGACGUCCUUCCCUGCUCCGCCCACCCUGUAUAGCAUCCAAGAUUACUGCCUUACUGCUCUGUUCGUGCACUCCACUUCCGCGCCACUCGCGCUUUGGAGCCUGGUUGGCAUCGGCAUUCGUCUGUCGCAGGAUGUGGGUGCUCAUAGAAAGGGCACGACAGACAAACCUCCAACGAUAGAACGCGAGCUGUGGAAAAGAGCAUUCUGGAUUCUCCUUAUCCUCGACAGAAUGGUUAGUGCCGCCCUGGGACGACCGUGCGCUAUUUUAGAGGAAGAUUAUGACCUGGACCUGCCCAUUGACUGCGAUGACGAAUAUUGGGAACAUGUAGAUCCUGCAAAGCGAUUUAAGCAGCCUCCAAACAAACCUUCUCUAGCAUCAGCAUUCAUCAUGCACAUUAAAAUGACACAGGUCAUGACGUACUGUAUUCGGGGAAUAUACUCCCUAAGGAAAACCAAUGCACGGCUAGGGUUGUCAGGCGAGGGGUGGAAAGCAAGAAUUGUCACCGAGCUCGACUCUAGUCUCAAUAAAUGGUUCAACUCGAUCCCUGACCAUUUGACAUGGGAUCCAGAUCGAGAAAACCUCGACGCUUUCAACCUUUCUGCCAUGCUACAUGCGAGUUACUACAACGUCCGGAUACUUAUCCAUCAUUCAUUUAUCCGAUGGCCGGGCAAGCCAUCUCCACUGCCCUUCCCUUCACUGGCGAUAUGCCUCAACGCUGCCCGCUCAUGUGCUGAGGUUGGAUACACACAACUCCAACGGAACCCAAAGGCAGCACCCCCGCCACCUGUCCAGCCAGCCGUCUUUACAUCUGCACUCAUGCUAUUGUUCAACCUGUGGAGUGGAAAGAAGCCGGGCGAGCCGUUGGAUGGAAAUGGCGAUCUGGCAAAAUUGGACAAGUGCAUUGAAGUCCUGAAAGCAGCCGAGAACCGGGGGCAGCCAUCUAGCAGCGACAUCCUGCGAGAGCUUGCCUCGUUACGGGAUGACUCUCCUGACAAUCAAACAGGCGGGCCCAGAGCCAACACUCCCUCUGAGGAUCAACUUCCAUCCAGUAAUCAAGCAGGUCACCCAUAUCGACAAUACAAAGGGCAGCUGUUCCAGCCCAUGGACAUCGACGAAUUCGACGAGUUGUUCUUCGGUCUUCAAAGGCGAAAUCGACGCUUCGAAAGUUUCAGAGCGGAGGACGCAUCUGUUAACAGUGCUGGUUCUCCAGAAGACUUACCCUCCGAUCCUCCACUCUCGAAGAUGUUUCUGGUACCAGACUUGAGCGAGAUCACAGAAGAAAGAGGCGCAUUGCAUCAGGUAUCGGCACCUGACCCAGAAUAUCGACCCAUGAACAAUCUGACUGCCCCGGAACGGCCGAAUUACAACCUACGUUUUUCGCAGCCAUUGGAUCGUUCGAACACAAGUGCUAGCCUUUUCACCGAUGCUCCCAUAGCUGCAACGGAUGGGCGACUGUUCUCGACAGCCGAUCUCGGAGGGCGAGGUUACUUGAACAACGCGACGACAAUGCAGUCUGAUGUACCAACUGGCUUUGGGUCCGGGGAUUGGGCUGCUUUUCUGGCGAGCAUGAAUUACUCUGGUGAUGGGCAAAACCCUAGUUGGCAUGAGCAUUGA